AUGAGAGUUACCACAACUAUUCUCGAAACACCACCUCCCAACAUGUUAUCCUACUCAUCCAACCCCCCUGCAUCUCCUCCUCCUGGGAAGCCCGCCUCUUGGACAUGGACAUGCCGCCACUGCAGAUCGACCUGGAAGCUCGCCGUCACCCGACGCUGCCUCCGCUGCAUAAAGACCAAGACCCUCGGCGGCAGCAAAAUGAUCGGUCGUUCUCGCACAAGCCCGGAAAGACGCCAGCAUAGCAUUAAGAAGCAUCGCGGCACCCGACCAGCUGAGAACCACGACUACGACUACUGGACCGUCCAUAACGACUGGAGACGUUUUCGAUCCGCAUACAAUACCGAUCCUGAAGAAUGGAGACACCAGAACAAGCGCGAACUCGCUACUCUGAGAGGCGAGAAGCGUCGAGUGAUGAAAGCACAGAUUGAGACCAGGCGACGUACCGAUAUGACGCAACAGCGCCUGGCGCGAAUGCUGAGCAACACACACAAUUGUGAGAUUGACUGCGACUAUCCAAGCCAGUGCCACUCGGAGAGAUUCGAGGCCAUGAUGAACAGACCUGAUGAAGUGGUCACUGGAACCAUGUCCAUGGGGAUCCCAGUGUACGGUGAAGACGGCAGGAAUAUCGGCAAACUUCCUCUAUGCGGCCUUAUCCCAGAAUUUGAUCAACAAAUGACGGAACCAGAGGAACUUGAUAACGAAGAUGAGAUUCUUGCAGCCUAUGAAGAUGACGAAAAAGACGAUUGGUUUGCGACAUCACAAUUUUCUCCUGACAGCAGCGAUGAGGAGGAUGAGGACCAGGAGAAACAAGAAGAGAAUGACGAGGAACAGGAAGAGCAUGACGAGGAGCACAAAGAGGGGCAAGGCGAGGAACACGAUGAACACGAAAAAGGUGAGGACGACGAAGAGGACGAAGAGGAAGGGUUUUCGGGCCUGCAACUUGUAUACCCAUGA